AUGUCAUGCGUUGCUUUCUCUUGUCUCUUUUUCCUUCUAUUCGCCCUUUCGACAUUCUCUCCAUCUCUCUCUUUCUCUCUCUCUCUCUCUCUCUCUCUCUCUCUCUGUCUCUCAAGAUUUUUUUUUGUUCUACAUUUCUUUUUCUCUAUAUCUCUCUUUCUAGCCACGUUUCUUUCUUUCUAUCCUUUCUUUCUUUCUUUCUUUCAUGCUGUUGAUAUUUUUAAUUCGCAUCUUUCUUUAUUCAUCCAGUCUUCCAUUUUUAUAUUCUUUCUUUCUUUCUUUCUUUCUUUCUUUCUUUCUUUUCCUAUAAUCUCUACAACAUUUGUUUAUUUCUUCCUUCAUAUCUUUUCUUUUCUACAUUUAAUCAUUUUACAUUCGUCUGUCUAUUUUCAUAAAACAUUUUCCUUCCUUCCUUCCUUCCUUCCUUCCUUCCUUCCUUCCUUCCAUUUUGUUUUUCUCCUUUCGACUCAAUUCGUUUUUCUAUAUUUUGGUUCUUUUUUUUGCAGUUCUUUCUUUCUUUCUUUCUUUCUUUCUUUCUUUCUUUCUUUCUCCAUUCGCCUACGCUUCUGUCUUUCUUUCUUUCUUUCUUUCUUUCUUUCUUUCUCCAUUCGCGUAUUUCUUUUUAUUUCUGUUAAUUCUUUAAUUUGUUCUCUCUCUCCUUCUCUCUCUCUCCCUCUCUCCCUCUCUCUCUCUCUCUAUCUAUCUAUCUAUCUAUCUAUCUCUCAAGCUACGCUUCUUUCUUUCUUUCUUUCUUUCUUUAUUUCUUUCUUUCUUUCUUUCUCCAUUCGCGUAUUUCUUUUUAUUUCUGUUAAUUCUUUAAUUUGUUCUCUCUCUCCUUCUCUCUCUCUCUCUCUCUCCCAGAAGAGUUUUCUUUUUCCUUUAAAUUCCUUUCUUUUUUCUUUGCAAUCGGAAUUUAUCAUUCUAUGUCUUCGAUUAAAUCCGUUUAUAUCUAUCUAUCUAUCUAUCAUUAUCUCAGUCGGUUCAUAUCUAUCUAUCUAUCUAUCUAUCUCUGUUCAUAUCUAUCUAUCUAUAUAUGUUUCUUCAUAUCUAUAUCUAUCUAUAUGUAAUUAUCUCAGUGGGUUCACAUCUAUCUAUAUAUCUCUGUUCAUAUCUAUCUAUCUCAUUCUGUUCAUAUCUAUCUAUCAAUUUAUCUGUCUCUGUUCAUAUCUAUCUAUCGAUAUAUGUUUCUUCAUAUAUAUAUAUAUAUAA